AUGUCCAAAGUGACUUUACCAAGCUGCCAGUUUUCAGAGUAUUCUGACUCCGAUGGUAAUAAUGUCCACGACUUCAAUGAGGAGGAGCUCCAACUGUUGUCCUUUGUCAAUGCAUACCAUCCUGAAGAGAUUCGACCUCGUCCGUUGCUGAAGCUGUUCAUUAUGGACUAUUUGCCAGCAAUUGGGGAUAUCGAUGCUAUGAUCAAGAUCCCUCGGCCAGAUGAGGUUGGUUUAGCGAAGUAUCCACCUUUGAACCUUUUCAAUCGGAUCAAAGUAACCACACAAGAAGACGCUCCUGUGAAACAGCUCGAACGAGCCGACAAAUCAUCUCACGAAAUCGAUAAAUGGAUCACCAAUAUAAAGGAACUGCAUCGAACUCGUCCAUCACAAUCCACUGUGCAGUUCCGUAGUCCUAUGCCCGAUAUCGAAAGUCUCAUGCAGGAAUUUCAUUCAAACUUUGAGCAGUGCCUGGAUGGAGUAAAGUUGCCAACAGCUGAUUUGGAUGUGGACCUGGAGGAAUACGCAGAUAUUUGUCUUGGUCUUCUCGACAUACCGGUCUCCAAAAGCCGUAUUCAAUCCCUCCACUGUUUCUUUUCGCUGUUCAGAGAGUUCAAGAGCUCUCAACAUUUCAAAAAUUUAGCAACAGAGAAACGGGAUAUUAUCGAUCGAAUGGAGUUGUAG